AUGGCCGAUAAUAUCAUAGGAAUUGUCAAAGAGAAAGGGAGUGCGUUAGUGUCAUCCAUUCAAGAACAUAUCACCAACAUGAGUGACACAACGGGAGCGUUGGCAAAACAAAAAUUACUGCAAACAUUGAUUUCAUCAGGUGCUGUUCAGAGUGAACAUAUUCGACAUGCACUUCAGAUUGGUAUUGGACAUUUCUUUGACUGUCAAUCGAACAGAGCUCAUAUGUCAUCAGAAUAUGUUCAACGAGAGAAGUUUCCGGCAAAAGGUGGUACUGGAACACCGAUUCAUUCAUUACCUGAUUUUGAUAUCGAAGCGUACGGACUUCCUAUAUUUUAUGAGCUAAUGCAUAUUUACGGCAUUGAUCCAGCAACAUUAAAAAGUCAUAUCUGUCAGAAUGAAUUAAAGGAAAUUGUUAAUCCAUCGAAUUCUGGUUCACUUCUCUAUCUCACGUCGGAUUCAACAUUUCUAAUCAAAACCGUUCGGGAUUACGACGCCAAAUUCAUUCAACAGAAGUUUCUAAACAGCUACUUAGACUAUGUCAAACGGACACCGGGGACAUUCAUAGCCAAAUUAUUCGGUAGUUUUGGUUACAUCCCAUACAUAUCCCCAGAUCGUGGAAUAACGGUCGAUUCGUUUACUUUACGAUUUGCGAUCUUCUCAAAUUUCAUUCCACCAAACCUUGAAAUCCAUGAGAAAUAUGAUCUAAAAGGUUCAUCCUAUGGACGUGAUGCAAAUGCAACGGAAAAAAUGAAGUCAUCGGCUACAUUCAAAGAUAAUGAUUUCCGUGAAAUUCACCCACAAGGAUUCAAGUUACCCAAAAGUGUUUACUUUCACCUAAGAGAAGUUCUCACACGUGAUGUUAACUUCUUAGAAAAGUUAAAUAUUAUGGAUUAUUCCUUAUUACUUGCUGUACAUAAUAUUGAUAAUCAGGUCAAACCGACACGUGUUGGUCCAGUCGAAUCUCUGUUGGGAUCGGUUCGUGAUACAUUCUUGAUUGGCAUGACACAACAAAUCGAUCAACAUGAUACGAAACAUAAAGAAGAAAAACCUAAACUAGUAUUAAAAUUUAAGAAACCCAUUGAAACAUUAGGUCUUGGUUUCAAAGAAAUAUCUACAUACGAUACAGAGAAUUCCAAAGAAUAUGGAGGUAUUCCAGCAGUGAAUGAAAACGGUGAACGUCUUCUUUUAUUCUUCGGUAUUAUUGAUUUAUUGCAAACAUUCGAUAUUUGCAAAGUGAUGCAACGGCAAUAUCAAACAGUAGAGAAUCGUGAGGCGGUUAACGAUCGCUCAAUCGUUGAAGCUGACUUUUACGCGAAACGAUUUAAAGAAUUCGUCUUUGAACGUGUUUUCCGACCGGCAGAUGACGAGCUUGCCACUCAUCCAAUCUCAAUGAAUGUGUUUUCUCAUCCUUCGCAUAGUCAAUCAACAGAUCUAUCUAGUGAAGCAUCUGGAAAAGUCGUUUAUCCCGAAGUGCACCGACUCUAA